AUGCCCCAGCGAAUCCACUCCACCGGCUCCCUCGACGCCUUCAACCCCAUCCUAGUCACACCCGUCAUCGGCACCGAAUUCCCCAAAGACAGCUGCAACAUUGUCGACGACAUUCUCAAUGCCCCCAAUGCUGAGCAGCGUAUUCGUGACCUUGCCGUCCUCGUAGCAGAAAGAGGCGUCGUCUUCUUCCGCGCCCAGCACAACCUAACCAACGACCUCCAAAAACAGCUCAUCCUCCAAAUGGGCCACCUCACCACUCGACCCGCCACCCACGGCCUACACAUCCACCCCGUAACCAACGACUCACGGGAAUUCGGCGACCCCGACCCCGAAAUCAGCACGAUCAACUCCGAAGGACGGAAGAAACUCUACAAGGGAUCGGAUUAUACCCGUAUGGCGGCGGUCUGGCAUAGUGAUAUUGCGUUUGAGAAGGCACCGGCGGAUUUCUCCAGUCUUAGGUUGACGCAGUUGCCUGUUACCGGGGGUGAUACGUUGUGGGCUUCCGGGUAUGAGGUUUAUGAUCGGAUAAGUAAGCCCUAUAGGGGGUUCUUGGAGGGGUUGAGUGCUACCCAUGUUGGGGAGGGGUUUAAGAGGAUGGGGGUUAAGGUCUAUGAGGGGGAGAGGGGCGCGCCGGUUAAUGUGGGGGAUGAGUUGGAGGCCGUGCAUCCGGUUGUUAGGACGAAUCCGAUUACGGGGUGGAAGUCGGUCUUCCCGAUUGGGGCCUUUCCGAGCAAGAUUAAUGAGUUGAAUCGGAGGGAGAGUGCGAAUAUGCUGCAGUACUUUCAUGAUCUGAUUACCUAUGGUCAUGAUCUGCAGGUGCGGUUCAAGUGGAAUGAGCCGAAUGAUAUUGCCAUCUGGGAUAAUCGCAGCGUGUUCCAUACGGCCACUGGUGAUCACGAGGGUUUUGGGCCUAGAAGUGGCAAUCGCGCAGUCGGUGUGGGUGAGGUGCCUUACUUUGAUCCUGAGAGUAAGUCGAGGAGGGAGGAUCUGGGGAUUGAAGAUACGCUGUCUCCGGCUCAUUUGUAG